CUCAAAACGCGCUCAUUAUGCUCGCUCUUUGACUGAUCGAUGUUGUAUUCAUGGGACAAGUUCAUACCCGCUCAGGUCGACAAGACGUCCGCCCGUCUCCACAUACCCACUUACACGGCUUCCCUGUGGAGGGAGUUUCUGGAUCUCCCAUAUCGCAAUGGGGAGGGAAAGGACCGUUGUUUGCCUACCACAAUACAAAGGAGAAGGGAAAGAAAGUGACAAGAAAAAGAAGAGCCGUUGAGACACUGUUGCAUAAUUUGUACGACCUUUGCCAUACAAUCUUCUCACGAAGGCUUCUGUUCUUGUCCUACGGAAGACGAUGUCGUGCCAUCAGCGCUGUGUAUCCUGGGCUUCUCCGAUAGGACAAGGAAAACCCCGGGCGGUGAGGGAGGGGGCUCGUGGUUGGAUCAAUUUUGACUAGGGGACGAACGAGGUGAGAAGGGGAUGCGAGAGUGGCAUGAUUUUUUGUUUGGUUUCUCGGAUGUAUUACAGUGUCGAGCACCAUCAUGGCUGGGGUGAGCUAACUAUGGGGUAAAGGUACUCUCUUGCUAAGAAACUCCAAGCAGCUGGCCCCGUUGCGGAGAAAGAAAAGAAGAAAAACAUCUAUAAGUUUUCAAUUACACCCCGCUUUCACUCU